UCACUUCCGUCACACGUGAAAGUACUUUGGCGUGACUUUUUCAAGAUUGUCAAGUGGGAGGAGGAAGUGCUCCGGCGUGGGGAAGAGUUGAGCUAGUUAGUAUGCGCUGCCUGCCGAUCGGCGGCGGGCAACUUUGGAAGCGGCCCCUGCGCGGACGGCAGGCUGCAGAGGGGAAUGGACGACAUGUGGAUCUCCGUGGCGGCGUUGGCGGGCGCAGUGCUCCUUUGCGAGCUUGUCCGCCGCGCGGCUGCUCGCUGCCUCCGGGGAGCCGCCGGAGCUCUGGCGCUGGAGGCAGCGUCCACCUUCCAGCUUUGCUGCUGCACGCACGAACUCAAGCUUCUGGCGGACUCAGCGGGGCUGGAGCCGGCCUACGGCCUGACGCUGGGCUAUGCCAUCACGGUCGUCCACUUGAUGUCCUUCCGCGGAGCUUCGUGUAAUCCCUGCGGCGUGGUGGAGCGCUUUUACCGGGGGACCUACCAAGGCAGCGCGGCCUUGGCGUUCGUCGUCGGCCAGUUCUUCUCCGCGCUGGCCGCGCGCUACGCCACGCUCUGUGUGUGGUCGCUGGGGCUGGCGGAAGUCCAUGUUCUCCACCGGCGCUUCGGCUUCAGGUGCUUCGAUCAGCUCGGUGGCACCGUGCUGGAGGCCGCCGCCGUGGAGCUCGCCUGCGCCUUCGCCGUCCAGACGGCGGCCCUUCACAUUCACAAGGUGGACGACAAACUGCGUGUCUACGUUUUUGCAGCGCUCAUAACGGCGCUGGGAUACGCAGGGGGAAGCAUUUCAGGGGCCCUGUUUAACCCGGUCCUGGCCUUCUCCAUCAACUUCCCCUGCAGCGGCCACACAUACCUGGAAUACUGCUUUGUUUACUGGUUGGGACCUGCCUUGGGCGUCGCCAGCUCAAUCCUUUUCUUCGAGAAGAUCCUUCCAUUCGUCCGUGGGACGCACACCGUGGGCCGAGGCGCCGACAGCGAGCGGAAAUCGCAGUAGGCCAAUGUUGGCUUGAGCGCUGCAUCCAAAUACGACUUGGACGAACACUGUUGCCGCGAACCGUGUGAGGCUGUUACACAAUGUCACCUUUGCACCGUAGCACCGCAAACAGACAUGGCUUUGACUUUGGCUUUCGACUUUGGAUUAAACGCUUUGCAAAAAUCUCA